GCACAGGAUGCGAUUGCACGACCCUGCCCGUGAGUGCCCGUGAGCAAUCUCCCAACUCAUCUCUGGUAAACAGUGGUGAAUUUCACUGAAAUUAUUGUGCACAGUACACAUCCAGUACUGAUAGUAACACGUAAGAAUUAUACAUAGUAGUAUAAGUAGGUCAAGUUAAAAUUUGAGAACAAUGAAUAUCUCAUCGAUGCAACAACCGGGUUCUAUGGGAAUGGGUCAAAUAACACAGCCAGCAAAUCCUCAGCUUACACAACCUCAACAACAAACGCAAUCACAAGGUCAACAACAGACUCAACAGCAACAAGCGCAAGAAAAACUCGACAAUAUUUCUAAAGUCAAAUCGUUGAUUGGGUCGUUAAGGGAAUCUCUUGCCGUCGCACUCAAAACUGCGGCACAAACGUUGCAUCAAAAUAGCCUUGUAGAUGUGGGGUCUUUAAAAGGCAUUGAUUCGCCAGACCAUCGAUUCAAUAAAAACAUGGAAGAGUUCUACUCGAUCUGUGAUCAAAUCGAGUUACAUUUGAAAACUUCCAUCGAAUGUCUCUCUCAGAAUGCCAGUUCAAUCCGUUACUUACCAAUCUCUGUCAUACCAACGAGAACAGAUACAGUUGCUACUCAGGAAGGGCCUGCUUUAUCCUACCCUCAAUUUCUCAUGACAGUGCGAGCUCAAGUUAUGCACACUCAAGAAAUUCAUGACACUUUAAUUUCGGCUGCUCGUAUGAUUGCACCAACCGAAUGAGCUAGGUAUGAUCGUCACACAUGUGGAAUAUAUUAUACAGAUUCUAUGACUAACAAUUAUGUGAGCACUACAAUGUGAUGUAAAUAGUAUCAAAGGAAAGUGUGAAUGAUGUACUUAUAAAAAAACGACUGAUUUAUUAUAAAUGAAAACUAAACUUGCAAUGUUUAUACAAAUCCACCUAUAUGAUAUCUAAAUGAUUUUAAUAAGGGUAUUACGACAUUAUUAAAAGUGAGCAUUUUUUAAAUAAUGGGCAAAUUGCGUCCUUUAACUACCAACAAUGAAAAAAUGUUAAUUAUACAUUAGCUGAUGUAAGAAAUAAAUAGUUUUGGCUUUUCACAA